GCCAGUAUCUUCCUGUCUUCAUUUAAUCUGGGCCAUGCCUAUCUUUGUAAAGUUAAAUGAGAAUAAGUUCUUCCAACCAGCUUAAUUUUUUUUUUAGACUGUGAUGAUGUCCUCCAAACACAUCCUUCAGGUGCCCAAAGUGGUAUUUUCAAUAUCAAGCUACCGGGAUCCAGUAAGCUUUUUUCUGUUUAUUGUGAUCAAGAGACCAGUCUGGGAGGAUGGCUUUUGAUCCAGCAGAGAAUGGAUGGAUCACUGAAUUUUAACCGGACCUGGCAAGACUACAAGAGAGGUUUCGGCAGCCUGGAUGACAAGGGGGAAGGCGAGUUCUGGCUAGGCAAUGAACACCUCCACUUACUAACCCUGAGGGCCUCUGUCCUUCGGGUUGAAUUAGAGGACUGGGCUGGGAACCAGGCUUAUGCGGAAUAUCACCUGAGGGUAGGCUCUGAGGCAGAGGGCUAUGCCCUGCAGGUCUCCUCCUACGAGGGCACAGCAGGGGAUGCUCUGGUGGAGGGUUCUGCAGAGGAAGGAACAGAGUAUACCUCUCACGCGGGCAUGCAGUUCAGCACUUACGACAGGGAUGCAGACCAGUGGGAAGAGAACUGUGCAGAAGUCUACGGAGGAGGCUGGUGGUACAACAGCUGCCAAGCGGCCAAUCUCAAUGGCAUCUACUACCCUGGGGGCUCCUAUGAUCCAAGGAACAACAGUCCUUAUGAGAUUGAAAAUGGAGUGGUCUGGGUCCCCUUCAGAGGUGCAGAUUAUUCCCUCAGGGCUGUUCGCAUGAAAAUCAGGCCCCUGGAGACCAGGUAGGAGUGGAAGUGAGAGUAAUCUUUUUUCUUUGUUUAGGGAGGUGAAGAAAAAAAAAUGGGGAAGAUAAAGUAGUUAAGAUUCUUUACAAUCCACUAAAAAAAUUCACAGGUGCUAUUUUAUUAUUUCUUGUACUGUAUCUAAAUGUAACUGAGACAUAUUACUGCUUUAAAGAAUAAAGUUAUGUGAGCUUUUUUAUCUUGAAAGGAA